AUGAGUACUGUCAGCUUAGUUCGUCCUGGUCUCACGACGGCCAUCAUCGGUCACCUACCGGCCAUCAAGUUACGUCUCAGGAAGAAAGUUCCACAGCUCACUUUCCAGGAUGUUCGUCGAGCUAGAAUCCCUUACUACGAAGCUUUGGCCAGCGAACUGUACGAAUCGGGAUGCACAAAUGCUGCAUUCCUAUUGCUGCAGCUAAUCGAAUAUGAACAUGACAAUGUGCCAGAAACUUCGGACCCGGUUAUUGAAGGGAAGCGCCUGAAGAAUUCAAAACCUUUGCUAAAUGCUUUAACGGAACAGCUGCGCUCAGCCGAAGAGCACAAAAUCGCCGAACGCUAUGAAGAGGAAAUUGAGUCUUUGCUUUCUAUUGCACGAUCUCUGCAGGAUGAUUCUCACAGACGUUGGAUAUCGAGGCAAUUCUUCCUCAUCGCUGUGGACCGAUGCCGGGAUUGUUGUUUGCAGCGAACUAGAGCGGAAAGUCUGACCGCGUAUUACUAUGCCUCGUUCCUGGCUGCCGAAUUCAAGAAUAUGGAAGCGAUUGAAUUGCUCGAAUCUGCCGUAGAAUACACGAGCGAUCAAACUUGGGUCGUAAGCGGUUCGCGAGGUGUUUUCGGUAGCGAAAUUCUUAUCAACGUUAUCUAUCAAUUGCUUUAUGAAGUCUAUACCCGGGAACGAAACCGGAUCAAGAAAAUUAAUGAUGAGCUGUUUGAAAAGUACACCAUUCUGAGCCACGAAGCUGCCGUCAAAUCAAAUCUGGAGCCCGUGCUAUGUGAAUCGUUUCUGAACUAUGGUGAUUUGAUGUUGGAUCAACAGAAGUACCAUGAAGCGCUGAGUCAUUACAAACAGGCGUUGAAGCGAGCCAAAUCCACUUAUGCUGCAGAAAAAGUUUGUAAAAUUAGCAUUCGAAUGGCGGCGGCGUAUCAAAGUCUGGAGGAACCACGUGAAUGCAACUACCUAUUACACCAGGUGGACAAAUUGACGGCCGGUAAUCGAAUUUGCGAAUGUUAUGCCGAGCUACAGCUGCUUUCCGGAGAGAUUCACUUCAAGAGUGGACGCCUCAUGGAAGCCAUGGAAGCGUUCCACACAGCUCGGGAUGUUUGCAAGCACCUUAAACAGGAAGACAAAAUGAUUCAGGCCUGUUGUUUCUCAGCUCUAGCUUCCGGCGAGAGGCAUUUCGGAGAAUUUGCUGCACUGGUGAGAAAUACCGAGUUCCAUGGACCAGUUUCCGAGAAUGAAAAUCUGUUCAAACUGUUCAAAUGGCUCGGGGAACAGAAGGCGGACUUAGCAAGCUUCGGUAGUGGAUCCUUCUUUCAAUCGAAUCUAUAAAUUUUACUUUAUCUUUGAAAGGCCAUGAAGCUAUCCAAUUAACACAGUUUAAAGACUGUUAAUUUUAAUUUUGAUAAACUCUU